GUUAUGUUGAUACAGUUUCCUUGAUACUACUGCCCGCUAUGGCCUAUUCAUAUGCAAUGUGUACAACUCACACAUAGUGAUUGAUAAUUCUAAACAAUGAGACGAUUGUCAUGCUCAAAUGUAAUGCCCGUCGUGUCGGAUCCAGUGCGAGCGAGGUCUUUGAUUCGAGCGAAGUUGGAAAAGCCGAGUACAUUUCUUCGAAGUAGAAUGCCGAACAUCAAGGUUUUCAGUGGUACGUCGCAUCCAGAUCUUGCUCAAAGAAUUGUUGAUCGACUGGGCAUUGAUCUGGGGAAAGUAGUAACUAAGAAAUUCAGCAACUUGGAAACAUGUGUAGAAAUAGGAGAAUCUGUGAGAGGUGAAGAUGUAUACAUUGUGCAGAGUGGAAGUGGUGAGGUGAAUGACAAUUUGAUGGAGCUUCUGAUCAUGAUUAAUGCUUGCAAAAUUGCUUCAGCAUCACGUGUGACUGCUGUUAUACCAUGCUUCCCAUAUGCCAGGCAGGAUAAGAAAGAUAAGGCUGGUGGAGAUGGAGAUGCUAAUGGCCUUGAGUUUCCAGCUUCCUUCAAAAUGAAGGUCAACGAAUGGAAGUUCCGGAGCCGAGCUCCCAUCUCAGCCAAACUAGUUGCCAAUAUGCUUUCGGUUGCUGGCGCUGAUCAUAUUAUCACAAUGGACUUACAUGCAUCGCAGAUCCAGGGUUUCUUUGAUAUACCUGUAGACAACCUGUAUGCUGAACCAGCAGUUUUAAAGUGGAUUAAGGAAAACAUCAUUGAGUGGCGAAACAGUAUCAUUGUAUCACCAGAUGCAGGUGGUGCAAAGAGAGUAACAUCAAUAGCAGAUCGACUUAAUGUUGAGUUUGCGUUGAUCCACAAAGAACGCAAGAAAGCUAAUGAAGUGGCAUCUAUGGUCUUGGUGGGCGAUGUUAAGGAUCGGGUGGCAAUAUUGGUAGACGAUAUGGCUGAUACAUGUGGCACAAUUUGCCAUGCAGCUGAAAAAUUACUUGAAGCAGGAGCCACAAAGGUGUAUGCUAUUUUGACACAUGGUAUUUUCUCUGGGCCUGCUAUUUCAAGGAUCAAUAACGCAUGCUUCGAAGCAGUUGUUGUCACAAACACAAUACCUCAAGAGCAACAUAUGAAAGACUGCCCCAGGAUACAGUGCAUAGAUGUAUCCAUGAUGUUUGCAGAAGCCGUUAGGAGAACACAUAAUGGUGAAUCUGUAUCGUAUCUGUUUUCAAAUGUUCCAUAUUGAAAGACUCGAAAAUGAAAUAGCCAUGAUAUUUUUACACCUUUGGCUACUUCAUUAUUAAGUUAAGCAACUCUGUACAUGUGGAUUGUUAUAUAUAUUUUCGGUUAAUCAGUUAUGCAUGUGUGAAGCAUCUCAGCUAUUAUUUCUUCAUUUUUAGUGAAUGUUGUUGGAUUAUGUAAGUUUCAGAAUGCAAGGAAACGACAUGUUCUGAAUUAUAACAGUAACAUACAGUAGAGGUCAUCAGGGUUAAAAUGGGCAGGGUAUAAAGAUGACCACUGACCUCUAUCUAGUGCCAAGGUUUAGAAAAUAUGGAGCUAUACCUCUGCUCCUCCACGUGUCUUCUUUGUGUGUUUCUUAAUUAAGCAUGGGUUGGGGGGGGGGCAUACCUUACUUUCUCUUGACAUAAUUAAAUUCAAAUUUAUGUUAUUUACAGCAGUGUUCUUUGAUGUAUGCCCAUGAAUUAUGACAUUGAUAGCAAUUGAUGAGUUUUUUGUUUAAUCCAUUCAUAAAUAAAAAGCAGUGUAUAGUUACAGAAAUAUACUUGUUGCGUUCAUGGUUUCUUGUAUUGAGCUACUGGCAAAGAUGAAAUUUUUAAGCUUGGUUUCAAAGUUUGUACCACUGGUUCACAAGUUCAGAUACACACACACACACUUCAUAUAAUUUGUUGUAUACAGAGACUAGAGAGUAUUACAUUGAAAAAUAUAAUUUUAAGCCAGUAGAGUUGCCAUUACAUUAUUGUAAAGCUAUGUAUGUUAUUUAUACAUUUCUAAGUCAGAGACAAAAUAAAUGGUUUUGAUAUACAA